UCUAAAUCUUUAGUAUGUGACCGAUUACAAGAAAGAAAAAGAAAUCUUCGUUAUGCAAAUAGAAAUUUUAUUUAAGUAAAGAUGUCGGAUAAGAAAGUUUCGAAAAUUCCAAAAUUAUCCCCGAUUCGUCGUGCAAGUCCAUUAAUUGACGAAUUACACCUUGAGAAUAUGGUUUAUGCUCCAAAUCAGCCAAGAAUUUUCGAGACGAAAAACCUAAACUCAACUUGUUCGUUUUUACAACAAUUAAAAACUAAGUUAAAAAAUGAUGUUGAUAGACCUAGUGAAGAUGAUAGUAGCGAAAAAAAUGCUUUGAGAAAGAUUUCAGGAAUUGUUAGUAGCAUUUUAAAUACUUUAAACGAUGUUAGCGAUGAUUUACCAAGUUGUAACAGCGAAAAUAUAAAAGAAGUCACCGGAGAAAUGGUUAAAGUUAAUAAAACAUCGAGUCUUUUAUCAGAUAGUGGUAAAUGUUAUUAUAUGGCUCAACAACUAACUGUUAGUCACUUACAUGAAACUGACAUUGAUAACAAACCAAUUGUUGAUAAACAAUUUUUGCAACAAUUAACUAAUUUACAAGCAAUACUACAAGAAACAAUUAAAAAAUUAGAAGAUAAAUCAACCUUAACACAAGAAGGAAAAUUUAACGAAAAAGAAUUAAAUAAAUCAUUUAAAAAUCGAGGGUUAGCUUCUUUAGUUCAAAUAGAUCACGAAUGUAAGCCAAUUCAAAAUAUGAUUAAAGAUUAUUCAACAAAAUCGGAAGAUCUUGAAAAUAUAACUGAAGAGUUAAAGAAACAAUAUCUUAAUUGUUCAUCUGGUGAGUUAACAUCACAAGAUUUAAGCGAUUAUGAUGAUUAUCCUUUGGAAUAUAAAUGUUGUAUUUAUGAAGAUGAAGAAGAAUUAAAAAAAUAUUCUAAACAACGGGAGAGAAUUAUACCACCACCUAAAUCAUUUAAAAAUCAAAUGGAAAAAAAGAUUUCUGCAUCAAAGAAUUUAACAACAAAGAAUUUAACAACAAAGAAUUUAACACCAAAGAAUAUAACUCCAAAGAAUUUAUCACCAAAGAUUAUGACACCAAAGGAUUCAACUCCAAAGAAUUUAUCACCAACGGAUAUGACACCGAAGGAUAGAACACCAAGGAAUUCAACACCAAAGGAUUUAACACCAAAGAAUUUAACACCAAGAAAUUCAACACUACAUAAUUUUACAACAAGAGCUUUAUCACCAAUUAAUAUAACACCAAAGAAUUUGUCACCAAGUGAUAGGACACCAAAGGAUAUAACACCAAAGAAUUCAACAGCACAGAAUUUUACAACAAGAGCUUUAUCACCAAUUAAUAUAACACCAAAGAAUUUGUCACAAAAAAAAAUGUCUCCAAAGAAUUCAUCAUCAUCAUCACCAUCAAAAUAUGUUAGUUUAAAGUCGGAUUCAUUUAAAGAGCUGGAUGAAUCAAACGAUAAAUUUAAAGAAAACCCAAACAACGAAAUAAAAAAUCAAGAUAAAAAUGAAAAAAUAAUGAAAGAUGUUGAUGAAAAGAAAAAAGAUAAAAAGAAUGAGAAACGAAUGAGUAGCAUGUGGGCUUUUAAAAGUUUAAAAAGAUCAUCGGAUCGAAAAGUUGAGGAUGAUGAUCAACGGAAAAAAUGUGUUGAUAAAGGUCGUACUAUGAAAAUAAAAGAUUCGGAUGUUCAAAAGAAAUCGAUUCCCGAAGAAUUUAAAACGAAGAAAGAGAAUGUAAAAGAAAAAGACUCGGAUAAUAAAAGUCAUAAAGAAAGGAAGUUGAAAAAAAGAAAAGUUGAUGAGAAAUUAAUUAAAAAGGAAUCAAAUUCAGUUGGUAGUGGAGAUUUAAGUAAAAAGAGUUCUUGUAAAACCGUAAGAAUUCAAGAUAACUCAAAUAAUGAUGAUAAUGUUUUAAUUCCUCCUCCUCCUUUAUUCGAUCACGAUUCUUAUGUUGAUGUUGAGCCGUAUAAAGGAGAUUCCUUUUUAUCCUUGCUUAAACUUCCUGGAGAAUUAGGUAAAGAACAAAUAAACAGUAACGCAUCGAAUGAAAUGGGAAGUCAAGAAUUACAACGAAGUUAUACUCCUGAAAAAAAGAAAAGUAGCGUUCAAUUUGUAACUCCAACCCUAGAAGCUUAUAGUAAUUUAAUUGAUGAAUUAACAUCCACUGCGGAUUCAUUCACAAGCAGCGCAAUUCAAACAACCGGAAGUCAACUUCUUAUGAAUUCUAAAUCUAUUCAAGAUAAUUACAUUUCGUUUUGUUCUAAUCAAAGUGCAGGAAGUAGUAAUGUUUUUAAUUCAAGUGUGGAACAAGGAAUUAACAGUAACGUGGUUCAAAUGCAUUAUUCCGUACAAGCAUCUCCUACACUCCAAGAGAAUAGUGUUCCUUUUGAAUCAACAAGUACAAACACCCCAGGAAAAUCAUUAGAACAAAUUAGCUUAAAGUCUCGAAGCGUUUCCGUUGUAAUGCCAAAAACGCAAUCGCAAGUCGUUCAAGCUAUGUAUGAAACUCCAAUUUUUUUAAUGCCAUUAAUUGAAACAACUAAUGAGGCAACUUCAGCGUCAACUUCAUUAACCGAAGCCAAAAUACCAACGGAAGAUCGACCUUCAAGUGCUAAUUCAAGUAAACACUUAAUAUCUAAGAAGACUUCAUUUAAAUCGAUCGAUCCAAACAUAGCAAAAUUAAGAUGUUCUAAUUGUAUGUGUACGGAAGGUGGGCCAUCAAUAGAAAAAAAAUCAUCUAAAGAAAGUGUUGUACAAGAAGAGAUAGGAAAAAAAUUGGAGGAGGUUGAAAUUUUUGAUAAAGAUUCACCACAAAGAUAUUUUAACCAAGUUCUUAAUGAAAUCGAUAUGAUGAAAAAUUGCAUAGAAUUCGCUAUGGAUAAUCAAUUAAGCAUCCACGAUAAACUUAAAGCAUAUCUCGAUGAUGGGCGAAUCGUUAAAAGUAAAUAUCCUCAUUUUCACACUUCUAUCGAUGGCAUUCCCGUUAUUUUAAUAUGGAACGAUGACCCUCAAUCAUUGGCAAAUCACCUUGAAAUAAAACGACUCGAUAAUAAAUCAUCAGAUAAAAAGUUACCCGAUAAACGAAAACCCCCGGUGAAAAAAGUUUCUUCGGCGAAAACGAAAAAGUUUUUACCCGGAAGUUCUCACGAAAAACCCCCAUCAAGCGUAGGAGACAACACAUUUUUCUUUGAAAAGAAACGAAGUAUGCUUAAAACUAGAUUACUGUUGGAUCAUUUAGCUAGCGCUGUGGCUAAAUGUAGUAAAUUAAGGAAGAAGGAAAGGUUUAAAUGUGACGAAUGUGGUAUAAGAUGUCCUGAUAGGUUUAAACCAGCAGAGAGGACUAAAUGUAAAAUAAGUUCAUCCAAUGCUCAUAUUCGAGUGAAAUCAUCGUGUUUAAAUUUUCGAAAAAAAGAAAUUAACGUAGUCAUCCCUCCAGUACAAGAUUCAAACAGUCAAAAGAAAAAAUCGAUUUUUAUAAAUACUAAUUCCGGGGUUCUUGGUUGCCGUUGUGAUUCCGAAAAAUCAUAUUCAGAUAACGCAGGGAGUCCAAUAAAAACAAUUAUUAAAACGAAUUCAUCGCCCAAAUGUAAGGCGAAAAAACGGUGUCCGUUUAAGCAUUUAGGUGAUGAUAAAUCUGUGAAUGCAAGACAACCUCGCCCGAAAAAGAUUGAAAAGCAUGAAACCACCAACAUCCCAUCGAAAACGGAAGCUAAAUCGAUUCAAACGUACUAUUUAACACCGAGAUUACCUCAAAAAAAAUUAAAAAAGUCGCCUCAAUCAUCGGUUAGCGAUGAUAGUGUUAACGAUAUUCCUUAUUUAAUCGAUGCUAAGUCGCUUCCUCAAUUUGAACAUCCAGAAACGGUUUGUAGCUCCAAAUUAUUCGAUGUAAAACAAGUUGAUUGCGAAUUAAGGAACGAAAUAAAAACGGAAAAUCAAAUUGUUAAGGAUACGUUGUUAAGAAUUAAUUUGAACGCUUUACUGGAUAGUUUCCGGCCGGCGAAAUGUUGUCAGAAGACGGUGUUAAAUGGGAAAUCGCGCGGGAUGUAUCCAUACCCGGCCAGCCUACGGAGUCUUCCAUUAUCCGAGGAGGAUCUCGAUCGAAUCCUACAGAUAAUUCAAAGUAAAAAAAGCAAACGUUUUGAUACAACGAAGAGACUCUAUGAAUCGGAUAAAUUCAAUUCGUUUCAGACCGCGAAUGAUCCCAUCAUCAACCAAACAAGGAGGGAAACAACAAGGACCUUGGUGUAUUUUUUCGAGUUGUUUAAGAAAGUAGAGUGUAAAACAAGUUUAGCGACGACGCCAUCAUCAAGUUCAUCAUCUUCAAGCAGGACAAUUAUACGUCCUACUCAAAUUAGACACGAUUUAAAAAUUUUUGAAUUUAUUAAAAGGAUUUAUAAUAACAGUCAUCCGGUUAGUGAUAAAAGGGUUUUAAAAAGGAAAAAGGAUUCGACGAAAACUUUGUAUAGACAUCGUUCUAAGCAUAGAAGACAUCAUCACCACCAUCAUCAUCAUCAUCAUUAUAAAAGACGAAUUCAAAAAAGUACUUCUACUUCAAUGGAUAAAAUUUCAAAUAAAAGUAAUAAUAAAACGUCAAAUCGAUCUACUUGUUCGAAAACUACCUCGGUAGUUAGUUCAACAAGCCAUAGCAAACCAACAAGAAACAUCUCUUUUUUACUUAUACCAAAAAGUGAACUUAAUAAUUAUUUUUGUGGUGAAUUAAGUUCGAUGUAUUCACCAAGUUUAAAUUCAUUACCAUUCGAUGAUAGCGAUUUGGUUGUGCAAUCGCAAAUUGAAAAGGAUUUAAGUAAAAAAAGUGUUAAUAAAGAAGAAAUUGAUGAUGCCGAAAUUAAUGAGGUUUAUGAUGAUGUUGAUGGUGAUAUUCGAGACAAUAUUGAUGAUGAUAUUAGUGAUGAUAUUGAAGAAAGUUUAUUAAUGAAGGUUGAUUAUGGACGCACUUUAGGGGCGAUUUAUGAAACCGAUGAGAGUGAAAAAGAAAUUUUUUCUAAUACGGACUUAAGAAAAGAAAAUCCUUGCUCAAUAUCUGAGUAUAGUUUGCAAGAUGUACAAGAAUCGAAGCUUACAACGAAUUUGGAAGUUUUAACUUGCAAAUUAUCGAGUUCUUUUAAUCAAUCUAAAGAUUUACUGGGAGAUCUAAAAUCGAGUCAAGAUUUUGAACUUCCAUCAACAAGCUCUUCAUUAUCAACAAAUUUUCCCGAAAUUCCCCUACAAAGAAAAUCAUUGGAAUCCGAUUUAAGCGGCCGAAAGCACAAUAUCUUUUCAAGCAGCAGCCUUUUAUCGAAUCAAAGUUCGAGUAGGAUCCCAAUAAGUUGCAUACCACUAAAUUGUAGCAUUACUAAAGACAAACCAAGCUUUCUUCACAUCCCAAAUAUAAUCAACGACACAAAACGAUUUUUAUAUCGACAAAAAGAAGAAAUGUUUAAACCGAAUUUGGAUAAAAUCGUCGAGAAGACUUCCGACACCACUUCAACUAUAACUUCUUCUUCGCCAAGACGUCGAAGGAAAUCAUUAAAACGCUCGCAUUGCUCGUUAUCGCUGAAAUCGUCAGUUUCGAUGAUAGGGAAGCAAACCUCCACUUCGGACGGUUUAAAAUUGGAAGCGAUUCCUUCGGAUGAAGAAAUAAUUAAUAAGCCAUAUGAGAUUCCCAUCAAUUUUGAAAAGACCCCAAGAAACGAAAUUAAAUCGAAAAGAACAAUGAGGAUCGACAAAGCCGUUGUUGCUUACGAUAUUAGCCCAAGCUGUCAAUUUACUUUUCUUUCCGGGGAUACCACGAAAUUAAAAAUUAAAGAAAAUAAAUUUAAAAGUGAAAAUAUUUGCGUUUGGCCGGUUUUUCAAAACCGUUGCACGAAGAAGAGAAAUCGAGCUUUUGUUGUCGCCAUUCACUCAAGUGCUGUUAGAAUCGGAAAGAAGGAACCGAAUCAAUUAGGAGAUCAACCGAAUAUUCACGGCGAUUUUUGUGAGAUUUGUAGGAAAAAAACCAAACUGUCGAGCGACAGUUUCCUUCUAGGUUAUAUAGGGGAAGAAUUUAAAAGUAAAUUUGAGAAUCAAAAACCUCUUUCGCGCUCAUCUUCAAAAGGUGAUAACAAAAAAGAGACGAAAGAAAAAGAUAACAAAGAUACGAUUAAAAAAAUUGAACCUAAAUUGAAACCACCAGAGAAACAUAACUCAUUAAAAGAUUCUUUUAAGAACGACAAAGGUAACAAAUUAGAAAAGAAAAAAUCGACUACGAAAAAAGAGGUUAGUCAUCCCGUUAAGAUCAGAACAAAAAUGUUAAAAAGAAGACCUUCAAUAAAAAUUCUUCCGGAAGUAAUCGAUAUAAAAGUGCCAACACAUGUAAAAUCAACGCGAUUGAGACAUACUUUUUGUGAUAAAGGUGACAGACCUGGAUAUGUAACAGUUUUGAGUACACCAUGUAACUGUCCGGAUGUAACUAUUUUUAUUCCGUGUUAUUGUUCUUGUUGUGAUGGAAAACCCAGUGGGCAUAAAACAAAUUCGAAUUAUACCAUGGUACCUAUUAUAGAAAAAAAUUAAUUACUUAACAACUUUUUUAAUAUUAGAAAAUUACUUUUUAUAUAUUUAAUAAAUUAAUAUUUGUGUUGUUAAUUAAUUUAUUAUUUAACUCCUAGUGUAAAUCUUGGCAAAGCAUAGCUGGGAAUAUCUUUACUACAAAGCAUAGCUGGGAGCAAUACUAAGGUUCAUUAAGGACCUACAUUUGUCCUUAACUUUUGGACGGCUAAAGUUAUAAUAAAUGUUAUAGGUCGUGGUGAGGAGAGGGGCCGCUCC